CAUGCUUCUAUUUAACGAUACCAAUACUUUGUGAGCAAGGGUUCGUGAUGGAUAGGGACGAAACCAUGCUUCCUCCACAUUUUCGGGCUUACAAUUCACCAUUACCAACUAAUCCGCGUCUUAUUAGCGUCAAAAAGAUAUGCGUGUGUGGGCAAAACACGUGCUUUGCUGUGCAUUUCAAAUGUUUCUUUUGUCUCAGCUUCAGUUCAAAUAAAGGUAUGUCUAAUGUGUGGCGAUAAAGGAGAUUCAAAGCGCCUUGUAUUCUGUAUCCAGUGUAAAGCAUGUGCCCAACAUAGUUAUUGUAUAGAGAAUAUCCACCGGGAAGAUGAUGGGACAAUAGUCUGGAGAUGCGUGGACUGUGCUCCAAGUAACCCAAAAUGCAAACCUGAAUCGGCAAGAAAAAGCCAACGCAUAAGUUAUGCAACGGAAGCUAAAUAUAAAAGGAUCAUAAUGAAAAAGAAGAGUGGCACAGUUAGAAAGCAAUCACUUAUCAGAUCAAAAGAAGGUGAAAGUGUUGGAUGCCUUGCUAAAAAUGACGCCGAGAAGAUUUCGCCAAUCCUUAAGAAUGAAGAUGUUCUUUAUAAUCAGACUGAAUCACCUGAAGCCAAAGAUCCUUUGAGUGUGUCAUCUGUCAGAUCAAAAGAAGGCGAAAGUGUCGGAUGCCUUGCUAAAAAUGACACCGAGAAGAUAUUGCCAGUCCUUAAGAAUGAAGAUGUUCUUUGUAAUCACCCUGAAUCACCUGACGCCAAAGAUCCUUUGAAUAUUUCAUGUGACAAACAAGCAAUGAAGUAUGAGAUAUACGCGGAGCCUGAAGCCAUAAAUAUAAUGCCUCAGCUCUUCCAUUAUCCAGAGUUUGACAAAUAUAGCCGUGCUCAGCCACUUAGUGAUCCAGUUUGGGGGGGGCUAUUUAGAUUGAACAAUGCAACCCAUUUUCAUCUUGUUGCUUAUUUGUCAAGUGGAGCUAGCUCAAAAGUGAAAUCCGCAGUAACGGAGCUCCCCAAACUGCUUGAUGUAGAGUCGUUAUCAAGACAUGUUAUUUGGCCUCAGAGUUUUGUUACCUAUCCACCUGAUAAUGAUUGUAUUGGUCUUUAUUUUUUCCCUCAAUAUGAAAGAGAUGAGAUGAUCUUUGAUCGUGUGCUCAACUACGCGAUUGAACAAGAUAGUGCUCUUAAAGCAGUCAUCAACAAUCUGGAACUCUUCAUUUUUUCCUCGCAUUUAUUGCCUCCGGAUGAUAGACGAAUCUGCAAAAAGUAUUACUUGUGGGGUGUUUUCAAACCAAAGCCAAGGAAAUAGUAGUCCACUUCUAAUCUGCCGCGAGAACUCUCAAUGUGAAAUCUCAAACCAGACCAAUGGAAACAAAAUUCUCAAUGUUGUUGGGGUAUGGUACUCAAUAUCAUAGGGCUAAUGUUGCUAAAUCCUAUCCUUCCGUUUGUUCUAGGAUGAAAUUGCAACAUCGUGCACAUCAGAAGUUUUGCAGAAUAGAAACAACUACUAAUGCAAAACUUUGGAACAAAGUCUUUUAAGAAACCAAAUUGUUGAAUGAACACUUAACAAUGAAACUUACACUGCCAUUGAGUUUCGCAAAUGCUGCAUUUGCAUCUUCAACAAUUUUUAUUGAAUGUGACCAAUGGCCAUUGCCAAUGAGAGAAAA